AAAGUAUAGGAAGGAAGGAAGGAGAGAAGGAAGGAAAGGGAAAAAAGAACAAAGAAAGUGUGGUUGGCUGAAUAAUGAUUCCCCUGUCCCACCCCACCCCCAAAGGUGGUCAGAUCCUAAUUCCUAGAACCUGUGAAUAUGUUACCUUAUAUGGCAGAAGGAACUUGGCAGAUAUGAUCAAGUUAGGGAUUUUGAGAUGAGGAAAUUACCAUUUAUUAUCGAUAUGGGCCUGAUAUAGUCCCAGAGAUCCUUGUAAGUAGGAGGCUGAAGAUAGAGAAAGAAGCAAUGUCAUCAUGCACACGGGUAGAAAAGGCUAUGUGAUGUGAGAUAAUGAGCGAAGGAAUUUGUUUGCCUCAGAAGGUAAAAAAGGCAAGGAAAGACUCUCCCCUAAAUCCUCCAGAAGGAAACUACCCUGUUAAUACCUUAGUUUUAGCCUCGUAAGAUUCAUUUUGGAAGUUCUGACCUCCAGAACUGCAAGAGGAUAAAUUUGUGUUGUUUUAAAUCACUAAAUGUAUGGUAAUUUGUUACAGCAGCAAAAGGAAACUCAUACAGAAUAUCUGGGAAAUGAAUGGCUAUACCAUUCUCCUUUGGUCAUUAUUUCUAGUUGCUUUUAUGAGCAAAGCUUGUCUUACCUAGCAACAGUUGCUAAGUAAGUUAACAAUUUAAUGCUAGAGUCUGGAAGAGAGCCACUGCUUAAAUCUUCCCAAAUCCAGUGCCCAUACCUUAUGUGGCAAAGACUUUCAGAACCAUUCUUUGCCAUUAGGCACAUAACCACUACCUAAUCAUGGCAAAUCAUUUUAUUCUUACCAGCCUCUAACAUUGUCCUAAAACCCUGAAUCUCUAACAGCUUUCUUAAACUUCUAGCUUUUCUUAAAACUUUUUUUUUCCAUAUCAUAAGAGUACUUUAACUGCACAUAGUGAACGACAUCUAAAAUUUAAUUAUGAUCAGAAAUCCGAAUUACACAAGCUUUGUUUGCUGUGCUGUUUGUAAUAAAAUAAUUCCACCAGCCCCUUUUGGGGAAACCUUCAAACGGAUCCAUGAAUACAAGCCAUUUAAGACCCGCUUUUACACUCACAAAGAUAUACUGGAUAUCGGGGCAGAUAUCCUGAGUAAAGAAGAGCAAUUUCAAGAGGCAGCACUCAAAGAACUUAUUGCAAAAGCAGAAGCUGACGUAUGGGUUCAGGCUGAUGAACGUCAAAAACAAGCAGUCGAGAAAGCACUUGAGGAAGCAAAUAACCAACACAAAAUUGAUAUUCAGAUUCUGAAAGAAGCACACCAAAAAGAUUUACAGGAAAUGGCAGCCAAAACCAAGAUAGAGGUGCACCAAAACAUGGAAGACACACUACAGAGAGAACACUUGGCUGCGGAACAACGCAUGGUGCAUAGAAUCCAGAGGAUUAUGAUGGAGUGCCACAGGGAGAAGGUCCAGGCUGUGGAGAAGGCUAGGGCUGAAGAGAGACAGAUGGCCCAAGAAGCAAUGCAGGCCCAGAAAAGAAAAGCCAUGGAGGAAAUUCUGAAUACUGGUAUAACAGCUAUAAAGGAUCAGAGCAAGAGUUUGAACCAAGUGAUAAAAGAAAAAGAACAUGAGAUGAACGUGUACUAUUGCAUGGCUCAGAGACAGAAGCAAGAAGAGGUCCAGGAAGUGCUUCAAGAAGCAGAGAAGACACAUAAGACCACGCUUGGAAAUGUGAUGGAUAAACUCGUUGACACUCAGGGGGAGCUGCUAUCUGUAGCAAAACAACUAGGCAUUAUGACAAACUGGAAAGAUUUCCUGGAGGAGGAAUUAAAGGAAACAAGGGAAGCAUUUCAAAAAUACAUCAAUUAUACAUUUCCUAAGCUUUCGCCAGGACAUGCAGAUUUUAUUCUACCAGAAAGAAAGAAAACACCUUCCAGCCUUGUUAUUCAGGAGAAUGAAAAAACUCUCGAUUAGAAGUCUUUGACUGAAAUUUCACUACAAAAGUCAAUGUUCCAAAGACUAAAUAAAUCAACUAAA